AUGAAGUAUGUUUUGGUUUCUGGAGGUGUCAUCUCGGGGAUUGGGAAGGGCGUCAUUGGUAUGCAUGGUGAAGUCUUCGUCCUCGACGACGGUGGAGAAGUCGACCUCGACCUGGGAAACUACGAACGCUACCUCAAUAUUACCCUCACGCGCGAAAGCAACAUCACAACCGGCAAGAUCUACCAGCAUGUCAUCGAGCGCGAGCGUCGCGGUGAUUACCUAGGCAAGACAGUCCAAGUCGUCCCCCAUCUUACGGAUGCAAUCCAAGAUUGGAUCGAGCGCGUAGCUCGUAUCCCAGUCGACGAUACCAAAGAGACGCCGGACGUCUGUAUUAUCGAGCUGGGAGGAACAGUUGGAGAUAUCGAGAGUGCGCCGUUUGUCGAGGCUAUGCGACAACUGAAGAGACGAGCGGGCAAGAACAAUUUUCUACAGAUUCAUGUUUCGCUCAUCCCGGUCAUUCAAGGGGAGCAAAAGACCAAGCCAACUCAACAGGCUAUUCGGGAUGUUGGCCGGGCUGGUCUGGUACCAGAUUUGAUUGCUUGCAGAUGCGACAUUCCACUGGAAAGAGGCACCAUCGAGAAGAUUGCGAUGUUCUGCGACGUCUUGGCCGAGCAAGUUGUUGCUGUUCAUAACGUCUCAUCGACUUACCACGUCCCCCUGCUCCUCGAGAAGCAAGGUUUGAUUAAGACGAUCAGCAACAUCCUCGUGCUUGAUGAAAUCCCCAAGGCUCCAAGUCUGAUCGAGCGCGGACAGCUGACCUGGAUUGAGUGGAAGAAGCUCACCUCUCAACAAGACCGCCUCUUCGACACCGUCGACAUUGUGCUCGUCGGAAAAUAUACCAACCUCCACGACAGCUACCUCUCCGUUAUCAAGUCCCUCGAGCACAGCGCCAUGCGCUGUGGCAAGAAACUUAAUCUCCUGUGGGUUGACGCCUCGGACCUCGAAGACGAAGCCAAGAUCGCCAAUCCAGCCGCUCAUCACAAGGCCUGGCACGAAAUCUGCACCGCAAACGGUAUCCUGGUUCCCGGCGGCUUCGGCCAUCGUGGCACGGAAGGCAUGAUCAAAGCCGCAGAGUGGGCGCGUGUUAACAAGACUCCUUACUUGGGAGUCUGUCUAGGCAUGCAAAUCGCCGUCAUUGAGUUUGCACGCAACGUCUGCGGCAUUACGGGCGCGAGCUCUGUCGAGCUGCACGCCGAUUGUCCCGACCCUUUGGUUAUUUUCAUGCCAGAAAUUGACAAGACGACCCUCGGUGGGACGAUGCGUCUUGGCCUGCGGCCGACAAUUUUCCAGCCCGGCUCCGAGUGGUCCCGCCUGCGCCAGCUCUACGGCGAAAAGACGGAAAUCCUCGAGCGCCAUCGCCACCGGUACGAAGUCAACCCCGAGUAUGUGCCUAAACUCGCUGCCAAAGGCCUCGAUUUUGUCGGGAAAGACGACAAGGGCGAGCGUAUGGAAAUUUUGGAAUUGAAAGACCACCCUUGGUAUGUGGGUGUACAAUUCCACCCGGAAUAUUUAAGCAGAGUGCUAGAUCCGAGUAAGCCGUACUUGGGCUUUGUGGCUGCCGCGUGUGGGUGUUUGGAGAAGGUAACGGAAGAUUUUGGCAACCAAUAA